ACCAGCCCGCAACCGUUCCUGAUGUUAUGAGUGAAGAGUAUGGUGUCCCCGAUGUUAUCAGUGACUUUGCAUAUUUUAGUAGAUUCGGGUGGUGCAGCUUCUUCUUCUUGUUCUUCUUUAUCGCUCUAAUGACAAAGAACAGACCUCCAAUGAAGAUGAGCAGGAGGAAGAUAAUUCCAGUUUGAUCCUAGCGCAUCCUGCCAGUUCAUCUGCUUCGUCAUCUUCGUCCGACGGUCGCACUCGUGGAGGUGGUACUAGUCGUAGUCUAGAACUAUCUCUUCUUAGACCUGCAACUAGCCGCAGAAGUAGGAAUUCGACACCGAGUCCAAUGGCAGCAGAGACUCCGACCCAGACGCUGCGACGACUACGCGAAGAACGUUCUAGCGAAAGUGGUUCCCUGAUUUUGUCUGGAAUAGAAGACAUUAAAGAAUCGAUCAGGGAAGGAGAUGAGCAGGACAACUACGGCAGAACAUCGGGAGAUGCUUUUGCGGAACUGUUGCAAAUUUCACAGAGGAAUGAUGCGAGGACGG